CUCUGGCUCCCCCCACACUCCCCUUGCCUGGCUCAGCAAGAGCCCCUCUGGGGACACUCAGCCUUUCUUGUGACUAGAGUAAAUAUUACCUGACACUGUUAAUAUUUAAUGCCCCCCACCUCUGCCCUGGUUGCCCCACGGCAGACACUGUCCCCGUAGUAGCGGCCACAGGAAGAUCGAGGAGAAGCCCUGGUAGCUGGUGAAAUGACAGAGCUGUCAGCUAACAAUGGUGGUGGUGCCAAGGGGGCAGAGAACCCCUUCGAGUAUGACUACGAAACCGUCCGCAAAGGAGGCCUGAUCUUCGCGGGCCUGGCCUUCGUCGUGGGCCUCCUCAUCAUCCUCAGCAAAAGGUUCCGCUGUGGGGGCAGCAAGAAGCAUAGGCAGGUCAAUGAAGAUGAACUGUGACAGACGAGCCGGCAGCGCCCACCGGCGCGUGCGCACCCGUGACGCCAUCUUCCCCGGCUGCGCACCACGGAUCCCACCAGUGUCCCACGGGCUGAAGGAAGUGCCAGGCGUCCUGGGAACCCCCUCAUGGUCAUCGCCUCGCGUCUCUAGAUCCUUAACUUCCUCUUCCCCCUCCCCAACUUCUCUAACACCCCACUUCUGGUUCCAAGUUGGGGGUACACGUGUAGCCCCAUCUUCUCGGUUCUCAAUGAAUCGCUCUAUAAGCGUCUGCCAAUGAAA